GGAGCGAGAGAGCGAGCAGAGGAGCAGGAGGGAGCCCAAGGCCCGAAGGCAGAAAGGCAUGCGAUGUUGUCGUCGUUGUUGCGCAGGCGUGCGGAAGUGAAAAGCGGCGGGAGAUGUGCGAGCGUCUGGUGAGCGUGGGAGGGAGGAUCUGAGCACCGGAGGGACCUUCUCUCAGGCGAAGAAAUCGUGCACAGUGGCCGCAGGAACCAGCCGUGAAACGAGCUUGUGUUGCGAGGAGGAGAAGGAGGAGGAGGAGGAGCAGGAGGAAAGGGACCUGAUGAUGAUGAUAGGACCGAGAGUGCAGAAGAAAGAUGAUGCCAAAUCUCUCACGGCCUGCGCCGUCGUCAUCAGUUUGUCGGUGAGUGGAUGGCGAUGACGAAGCCCAUCCUUCUUUGUUGUUGAUGUUGUCGUCGUUGUUGGUGAAGCUAUCACAAUGCUGCCCGGGAGUCGCAGUAGCCGGCUUCGUCUAGACUUUUUGCAACUGCUGAAACAGAUAAAUAGAUGCCAAGUCUGCAGGAUCAUUUUCCCACGGUAGGAGCAUCGAGUAUCUCAAGAAGUCAGUAUCGCUUUCUGAGAAGUAGGGAGGAAGAGGGAGUGUUGUGGCGGCACCUCUCAGCAUUACCCUAACACAGGCGCACUUGCUAGGAAGAAAUCACACGUAGCUGACUGUCGGGGCUGCUUUUGCGAAUUGACAAUCUACGAGCAGAUUUCGACUCGGGACUUUUUUUAAUAUGCGCAAGCGUUUUCAAAAUUUCAGGGACAAGAACUUUUAUUUUCAUGGCUCUUUCAUUGAGUCCGUAUGAUGCAAAGACUGUCUGAAGGUGACUGAUUAUGGAAGGCGACGUCGUAGCCGAUCUGGUGAAACAGCUGGUGAAAAGGAUUCUUCCCAGCCAGGCCAAUGUAUCUGAGAAGUCAAGCAGCAAUGGAGACCACCGGGAUACUGUGGGCGAGAGAGCUUAUCAGUAUGCCAUGCGAAUUAUUGGCAGCCGCAUUGCCCCCUCUCUGGCCAGCGAUGAAGUUGCCAUGGCAGAGGCUAUCAAGCGGCAGCUUGUGCUGGAGGGUAGGUCUUCAGAUGCGCUCACAUUUGCGGAUUUGCACCGGAGGUUUGCCUCGCUCAGUGGCCCCGGAAGCGUAGAGAACAGGUGGGCGGUGCUGUAUCUUCUACGAGCCGUUUCAGAAGAUCAGAGACGAGAGGGAGUGGAGACGAGAGGAACUGCAACUCCUUUCACUUCGACGCUGUCGGGUCCUGCCGCCCUUGGAGGUCUUCAGGCGUUACCGAAGUCAGCUGAGCAUCCCAAGCUCCAAGUUCCUCAUUCCGAUUCACCAAGUCCGUCACCAUCACCGAAAAAUUCAUUAAGGAAUGGAGGCAUUCGUCCGUCGAAGUCGCAGUCAGCAAGUUCAGACCACGGCCAUCAAGGAGGUGUCCUGAUACUAUCAAAAGACGCUGACAAUGUGAAGUCUGUAGCAAUCAGGGAAUUUGUAGAAAUUAGUCAAGUAGAUUUGGAAGUGACUGAGGCAGCACUUGUACGGGAUGUCGUAUAUGCCUGCCAAGGUAUAGACGGACGCUACGUUAAGUUUGAUAAGGAACAAGAUGGUUACGUCGUAGAUUCUAACGUGAAGGUGCCCAAGGCUACAAGAGUUCUCGUUCGUCGGUUGUGUGAAGUGGGCUGGCUCUUUCGUCGAGUACGCAAUCACAUAUCAGAGAGCCUAGAAGACGGCCCCCUGGAGGCUAUAGGCACCGUAGGACAAGCAUUUUGUGCAGCUCUGCAAGAGGAACUUGGGGAUUACUACCGCCUGAUGGCAGUGCUUGAGACGCAAGUCUACCACCCUAUACCCUUCAUGUCCGGUGGUGUGGCUAACAACGGAGGAAAUUAUCUUUCACUUCGCCGUUUAUCUGUCUGGCUCGCAGAGCCUUUGACGAGAAUGAGGCUGAUGGCUGUGCUUGUGGACGACUGCAAAACUCUCAGGGGCGGUGCAAUGGCUGGUGCGAUUCACAUGCAUUUACAGCAUGGAGAUCCUCUUGUUCGGAGCUUCCUAAAACGCCUCAUGCGUAGAGUCUGUGCACCGAUAUAUGAAAUGAUUCGCAGAUGGGUUCUCGAAGGAGAGGUGGACGACCUGUAUGGAGAGUUUUUUGUGGUAGCUCAGCCUGUAAAAGCAGAAGCGCUAUGGCGUCAAGGUUAUCAGCUCCAAACGUCUAUGCUUCCGUCAUUCAUUCCAGAGCCUUUAGCCAAGCGAAUUCUUCGAACCGGGAAAUCAAUCAAUUUUUUACGAGUGUGUUGUGAGGACCAAGGGUGGGCGAGAGCUGCAGCGGCUGCCGUGGCCACCGUUCGAGCUUCUGCCAACGGUGGAGGUGGUUUGGGUUACGGUGAGACGGAGGCGCUGGAAUCAUUAGUUGUGGAGGCCGCUGGCCGGAUUGAUCGACAUCUUAUACAAAUUGUAUAUAACCGAUACAAGUUCAGAGAUCAAUGUCUGGCUAUCAAGAGAUAUCUGCUGCUCGGGCAAGGGGAUUUUAUUCAGUACCUUAUGGAUCUGGUCGGGCCUGAGUUGUCUUUGCCCGCCAACACUCUCAGCGCGUUCAAGUUGUCUGGCACGCUAGAGAGUGCAAUACGAGCUUCCAAUGCUCAGUACGAUGACAGCGACAUCUUAGACAGAUUACGUGUGAAGAUGAUGCCACACAGCGAUGGUGACAGAGGCUGGGAUGUCUUUUCACUGCAAUACGAUGCAAGAGAUCCUUUGACAACUGUCUUUACUGAGGACGUCAUGGCCAGAUACCUCAGAAUUUUCAACUUUCUUUGGAGGUUAAAGAGGGUAGAACAUGCUCUGAGUGCCACUUGGCAGACCAUGAAACCUAACUGUCUCGUAGCUCGGUUGUCAGCGAUUAAAGGUGAUGGAGUGAAGUCGGAACUUACAGUCGUUUUGAGGCGAUGUCAAACACUCAGAAAUGAAAUGAAUCACUUCGUUACUAACCUUCAAUACUACAUCAUGUUUGAGGUCUUGGAAUUCUCCUGGGCCAACUUUCUGGAAGAGAUGGAGGUUGCUCAUGAUCUUGACGAGCUUAUAGCAGCCCAUGAAAAGUACCUGGGUUCAAUUGUAGAGAAAGCUCUUCUUGGCGAGCGGUCACAACUUCUCUGCAAAACUCUAUUUUCAUUAUUCGAUCUCAUUCUCAGGUUCAGAGGUCUUGCAGACCGCCUUUUUGAGAACGCGCGUGAGAUGGAUGCCAGAAGCCAAAACCCCACGAAGCAAAGAGCCAAGAAGGACUUCCACAUUGCAACCUUAAGCGGGAGGAAAUCUUCAAUGUCGUCCCUUUCUGGCGAUUUCUUGGCAACUAUUGGUGAAGAGAUGGACGGUGUUGCAGUCGAAUACUCAUCCCUUUUGGAGGGUUUCAUCGCGCAGCUUCCUGCACAACAACAUGUAGAUUUAAAAUUCUUAUCUUUCCGCUUAGAUUUCUCCGAGUUUUAUACGCGGCAGCACAUGAGCAUGUCAACAACACCCUUGAAGUUCAAAAGGACACCCUUGAAGUUGUGAAGCUCGUUUCUCAUGGUAACAGCUCGUGAGGAUGUAAUCUGCCUGUCAAUUUUCGCAGAUGUUAGGUUUUCUGAAACGACUGUGACACACCAGGUAGUUUGAGAAAUGGGCCCAGUUCCUCGGAGGGUGUUUUUUUACCCUUUUUGUUGGUUGUAGUAGGAAAUACCUUCUCUCACGAUCAGAGUGAGCAUCUUGCUGCGAGUAGACUUUUAUAUCGGGACUCCUUUCCGUUGGGAAGUUGGAGUGGUAGGUUACCUGCUCCUUCACUACUAAUCAUUGCCAGCCAGGUUGUUUUUUUAGUCUGUAAAAAUGAGCGUUGAGAGCAGCUUACCUGGUGGAUUAGGUGGCAUUUACGUAGUCCACGAUUGUACCCUCAUUCUUUUAGUUUUGGCGUAGGAUUCUAAGAAACAAAGUCCUUUAAAGUUACGCAGGUCACUGACUCUCCAGGACCGGGAAAGGACGCCACUGUGUUGUGUUGUUUGGUUUGGAAGCCUGCAACUGUACACUAAACAUUGACACAUCAAUAGCUGAAACAUGUGAGGCCAAUUCAUUGCUUGUAAUAUAGCCGAAAGGUUCUGUAUCACUCAUCUUUCACUUCAUCUUCCAUAGACCUGCUAAGUACACCAGGUCUGUUGUUGAACAAGU